CCUGCCUUCCCUCUUGUUCAGAGCCCCGGCAUCCUCCUCCCCGGCAUCCUCCCCAAGCGCCGGCACCAGAGCCCCGGCAUCCUCCGGCAGCACCGAUGCUGAGCACGGAAAGUUUUGCUGGGGCGAGAGCCCUGGGCGAGGAGUCGCUGCAGAUGUGGGACCUCAACAAGCGGCUGGAGGCGUACCUGGCCCGCGUGAAGUUCCUGGAGGAGGAAAACGAGGUGCUGAGAGCCGAAAUCCAGAGCGCCAAGGGCAGCCCCGCCGGGGACUCGUGGCGGGCGAAGUACGAGGAGGAGCUGCGAGCCCUGCGGGAUGCGCUGGACCAUGCCUUCAGGGAGAAGUGCACGGUCGAGCUGGCCAGGGACAACCUCUACGAGGAGGUCCAGCAGGUGAAAAGCAGGUGCCAGAAGGAGCAGGCAGCCCGAGAAGAAGCCAAGAAGCAGCUGUCCUUGAGCAGGAAGGAGCUGGAGGAGGAGAGGAGAGCGCAGAUCUGGUUGAAGGAGAGAGCCGUGCAGCUGGAGAAGGAGGUGGAAGCCUUGCUGGAGGUGCACGAGGAAGAGAAAGCCGGGCUGGACCAGGAGAUCGCGAGCUUCUCGCAGGGCCUGGAGAGCUUCCGUUGCGCGCCGGUGGCUUUCCAGCCGGUGGAGGUGGAGGACUACUCCAAGAGGCUCUCGGAGAUCUGGAAAGGGGCGGUGGAGACCUACAAGACGGAGGUGUCGCAGCUGGAGGGUUCCCUCUGCCAGGCCAGGGAGAACCUCUGGAAGGCGGUGGAGGACAACCAGCAGAGCCAGCUGCAGCUGCAACAUCUGGAGAAGGACCUGGCGGGGCUCAAAGCGCGGAAGGAGAUGCUGGAGGAGAACCUGGCCCGGCAGUGGCAGGAGCAGCGAGGGGAGGCAGAGAAGUUUCAGCUGGCGAUGGAGGCCCUGGAGCAGGAGAAGCAGACGCUGCGGGUGCAGAUCGCCCAGGUGCUGGAGGACCGGCAGCAGCUCAUGCACCUCAAGAUGUCCCUCAGCCUGGAAGUGGCGACCUACAGGACGCUGCUGGAAGCAGAGAGCACCCGCUUGCAAAUGCCAACCGGGGAAUACAAGUUGGCCAACGGCUUGCGAGAUCUCAAGCUGGAGGUGAGCAGCAGCAGCAAGCUGGCACCAGUGAGCGCCGAAGCCAGGCGGCUGCUGCCCCGGGACCACCGCGCCAGCCCCUCCAUCUUCCCCAGGGCGGAGGGGAGGGGGCAGCCAGCAAAAGCCCAAAGUGAUGCUCUGACACCCAAAAGCCAGAGCUCCGGCGCCAGGGAGCUCCAAAAAAUCAGCUCGGUCCUCCAUGCCGCAGCACCGCAGGCUGCCAGCAUCACCAGGGAGCUGGGUGCCCCCGGCCGCCCCACGCCGAGCCCCUCGCAGCCCAGUAAAGUUACCCCUUCUCUCUCCCCGGACCCCCCCAGCCCCGUGCCACCAGAGCCGGGGAGCCUGAAGGGAGAGGGUCCUGCCUGGCCGGGGGGAGCCGGGGGUGAGAUGAGCCAAGGGAAGGAGCAUCCUCCCCCCAGUGCCGCGGCGGAGACCCACGACGCCAGCGCCGAGCCCCCGGGAACGGCACCCACCCACAGCCUGCGGUACCCAGCCCAGCUGGUCAGCGAGGCGCUGGAGGAUGCUCUCAAGGAAAUGAAAGACGACGCUCAGCCCAAAGAAGAGCCCACGCUCAGCGCUGCGUGGGCCCCCCAGGAUGCCCGUGCCCCCAGCCCCAUUCCCCCCAUAGAGGCUUGCAGAGGGGCAGGGGAAGGGCGAGAUCCCUCCGAGGGUGUCGGGGACGGCGAAGCCCCCGAAGCGGAGGAGAGGGCUGGGGAAGCCGUGCUGCAGGGGCUGGGUGUGGAGAGCAACAGAGCCGCGUCUCCACCGGGAUCACAUCCCUGCGGCACGGCUGCUUCCCUAAGCGCUACGGUGAGCCGGGAAGAGAUGGGAGAGUGGGAGGAGGAAAUGCCGGCUGUGCUGAGCCCACGGGAACCAGACGUGGUGGCCCAGGAAGAGGACGUGAGUGGCCAUGGCCAGCCGGGAACCAGCUGGGAAGAACCAGAGCAAGGGGAGGAUGAGGUGGAGGACCCAAGCUUGGAGGCAUCGCACCCCUCAGAGGAUGAGGAGGAGAGGGGACCCCGCAGCCCCUGCGAGGAGGACAGCGAUUUCCAGGGCGAAGGAGUGGAUGUGCGAGAAGAGGAGUCCCUGCAAAGAGAAGUUGAAGCUUCUUGUGCUGUCCCUGUGGAAAGCCGCCCGGUUUUGCCCAUGGAAAGUCACCCAGAAGAGGACUUUGUUGAUGGGGAGCAGGAAAAGUUUGAGCAUCGGGAAAUACCCGUGUGUGAGACGGAUCCGGCUGCAGAGGAGGAAAGGGGGCAGGAGAUGUACCCGGGGCAGGAGACGUGCCCAGAGCAGGAGCCCUCGAGCAUCCACGAGGCCAUCCCAGCAGAAGAGGCUUCAUCGGGAGCUGAAGAAGAUGCUGCGGGAGGGGACGACCCAGGCAAAGCAAAAGAUGGUGAGGGAGAUGCCGUCGGGGAGGUGCUGGGAGGAGAAGACCUCCAGGGAGGAGAGGAUGUGGGACCUGAAACCCCAGAGCAGGAGAGCGCAAUCCAGGAGGAGCCCUGGGACCUGCAGGAAAAGGUGCUGGAAGGACCUGCGGCAGAGGGGCUGGAGCAGGAGGAGCUGGAGGCAGAGCUGGGAGAGGAGCCCUGGGGCAGGGAGGAUGACGGCAACAGCCAAAAUUCCCGUCCGGAGGACUGGGAGGUGACGGCAGAGGACACGGAGGGGGCUCUGGGGACAGAAGAGCCAGCCUGGGCAGGCGACACCCCGACAAGCGCGGGAGGGUUGGAAAGCGAAGAGAGAGACGGCAUGUCGCCGGCAGAGCUGGAGGAAACCCGGGAAGAUGCUGAAGAAGAUGCUGAGAGCCAGGGGACGAGCCAGCAGCAGCCACCGCCGGAUGCUGAGCCGGCCCCGGGGCUGGCGAGGGAGGAGCAGGAUGGCACCACGGAGCAGCCUGCCCGUCCCCCCGCAGAUGUUCUCGGGCGAGGGGACAGCCAGGAGCCGGCCGAGGGUCCGGAGGAGUCAUGGGAGGUGCAGGAGGAGGAUGGUGACGGUGAGCUCGGCUCAGAGCCGGGACAGCCGGAGAGCAGCAGCGCCGGCCCCGUGGCACGUCAGCAGGCGCCGGGUGACGGCGAGGGGAGCGGGGAGGAGGAGGAUGCUGAGCGAUCGGGAGAGCUGGAGCAGGCACCGGGGACGGGCAGGGGGGUGGAGCUGGAGGACACGCUGCCGGACAGCACACCCUUGCACCUCUACGAAGGGGAGACGCUGGCUGUGGUCGCACCCGGCCAAAACCCUCCGGAGUCUGAGGAGAGCACAGAGACAGCACCCGCAUCCGAAAUUACUCCAGAGGAUGAAGGAUGGCUGGAAGGGAGGGACAAGCCACCAACUCCCACCGUGCCAGAGAGCUGCGAAGAGGAGGCAGGGAUGGAGGUAGCCUCUGUGGCAGAGGGUGCUGAGGAGGAGGAGGAAGGUUAUUUCAUGGUCUCUGCUCCCAACCAGGAGGUGUCCAGCUCGGAGGAAGCCGAGAUCUCCGAGGACUUUGAAGAAAUUAAAGUUGAAGCAACCGAAGCCAGCAAAGAUGACCUGGAAGCCCCUGGAGAAGCGUCUCCGGUGCCAGAGGACGAAGGGCACUUUGAGGCAUUUGUUGGUGAAGCAGAUGAAGACCUGAAGAUGCCCACAGAAGAACCCGAGGUGCCAAAGGGUGAGGAUGAGGAUGAUGCAGUUGGUUUUACUGCUGAGCUGGAGGAAGGUCCAGCUGUGCCCGAGGCAGAUCCCAGCUCCCCCGGGGCCGUGGGGCCGCUAGCGGGAGGUGCUGACGAGCCAGCCCAGGGUGCUGCGGGCUCCGGCACCCACGAGGGACCAGGGUGCUCUGAGGGCUUGGCUGCUGAAUCGGUCGAGGAGCUCGGUGGCACGGCGGAGCCGGAGAGCGACGCCGGCAGAGCCGAAACACUCCCAGACUGCGACCUGGGGCUGGUGGGCCAGGAGGAGGAGGAAGAGGAGGAAGAGUACGAGGCCGGCACGGCUCACCACGACGCGGCCAAGCCCACCCCUCCGGCAGGGCUCCAGGCCCAGGCGAUGCCGGUUUCUCCGCUGCCCGACGAAGCGGAGCAGACAUCGGAUGAGCAACCAUCUGCGGAGGACGAAGCAGCGGACGGUGACAGCCCUCCCACAGCCGGGGAUGAGGAGCCGGGCUCCGGGCUGGAGCAGGGAGGUUUUCCAGAGAUGAUUAAAGAAAACCCAGAAGCGGCUGAUCUCUCUGCAGAGGUGCCGGCGGACGUCAUCAAAGACUCGGAUAUUUUGGAAAUAGUUGAGCAAGCCCUGGAGUUCAACCAGGAGCUGGUGAUGGGGGUGAGGGCGGCCGAGGGUGGGCAGCGGGAUGUCGGCGGGAUCAAGGUACCCCAGGACACCGGGGAAGACUCCUCGCCCGCCUCGUCCAGCGAGGAGGAAGCGACGGUGCAGGAGGUGCCAGCGGACGCAGCACCGGGGAUGGAGGGUCCGGUUCGUGCCGAGAACGGGCUGCAUCGGGGGGCCAGCCUGGAGGACCUGGCCGAAUUCACCGAGGAGGUGCUGAACGGCAUCACCGGCGUGCUGCCAGCACAGGAGCUCACCGCUGAGACCACAGAGCCCGCCGUGGUGAUGCCGCCGCAGCCCCCUGUUCCCGGAGAUGCCACCGCCACCAAGCUGGCCGAUGCCGCUCCGUGCGGCAAGCGCGGUGGGGCCGACGCCGUCCCCGUGACGUCCCCUUUGGGGGACGACGUCUUGUGCCUCGCGCCCGACCAGCCGCCGGCGUGCCGGCUGAGAGCCGAGCAGGAGCCCUGGUCCUCGGGGGACGAGUGAUGGCAGCAGGGGGGACCCCUCCGGUAGCCACCUCCCUGUCAAAACCCAGCACCCCCACUUCGCCCACCCACCCACCUAACGCUUCUCCAUCUCCUUAUGGUUUUUAACAUGUUUGUGUGGAUUUUUUGCACCCCUUUUCAGAGUGAAGAACCACCGAGCUCAGCUGCCAGCCCCCCCCCAAAUUCGCAUGCUUGCUCUGGGACCCCAGCCUCCUUUUGUGCCCCCCGCCCCGGGUGGGUUGCCGUGGCUGUAUUUAAUUUAAACCCCACAUUUCCCCCUUUCCCACAAUCUUCAACACCCCCCCCCCAGCUGGCGGCUGGGGACCCCCACACGCUGCACCCCGAGACCCAGCGCCUUGGUGUGAGGGCACCCCGGGGUCCCCAGCCCCGACUCGCCGACGCUCGCGGGGCUGACCCACGCCGGAUGUAUUCGCUGCCUUGACGUUAAUUUAAUAAACCUCAUCCUCCCGCUCG